AUGGAAGGCGACGGUGAUCGCAUGUUUUGUAAUUCCUGCGAGGCAGUAUGGCUGAAGGACCCGGCGCAUGGCUUAGCAUGCCCGUAUUGCGAAUCCGAGUUCACGGAAAUCGUUGAGAUUCCCCCCGAUAUACCCACCGAUAAUCCCCAGGAGCGCGCCUCGCCCAUGUCGCAACCUCGCAACCCGUGGGCAGACCACAACCCAUGGUCAAUAGACGAAGACUUUGCAACAACAUCAAGAGAGUUCCCGACUGGAUUCCACCGUACAUACAGGUCGCCCGACGGACGUUUUACUUUCAGCAGUACCACGGUUGGAGGUGGUCUCUCGUCGAGCCCGCGCGCAUACGGACCCAGCACUGGGAUCCCGAUGAUGAUGCAGAACUUCGACUCGCUAUUUCGAGAACUAGUGGAACCAUCCACUCAGCCAGCAAGAGGACUGGGAAUCGAUGAUCACUUUCAUCCGAGCCCUUUUGGCUGGCCCGAUUACGAGCGUGUGGGAGACCAUCCCUCAAGCCCAGCUCCAAUGCCAUCGUCUGGUCUAUCCCCUCGCAAUGCGGAUGGGCCGCAACCACGAGCCCAGCAGGCAAUAAACUUACCCGACCUUAUUGAAGCCAUCCGUGCUGAUCUAGGGACCCCUACUACACGGGCGACCCGUCAGAAUCGCCAAACACCGAAUCCUCUGGCUAUUCUAUCGGCUUUACUAAAUAUGAAUACAAACGGGGAUGCGGUAUACUCACAAGAGGAACUAGACCGUGUCAUCACAUCCCUGAUCGAGCACAACGGGUCCGGCACUGCCCCGCCGCCAGCAUCUGGAAAUGCCAUCCGGUCUUUACCCAAGAAGAAGGUUGACAGGGAGAUGAUGGGCCUGGAGAACAACGCGGAGUGUUCGAUUUGUAUGGAUUCUGUGGAACUGGGUACGGAAGUGACGGUGUUACCAUGCGACCACUGGUUCCAUUUCAACUGCAUCGAGGCAUGGCUGACCCAGCAUGACACCUGCCCACAUUGCCGGCGAAGCAUUAAUCAAAUUCCAAUACAUAAUGAUGGAACCAGUGAUAAUCCGGUCAUCAUCCCGGACAGUCCUGAGCAGCCGCGAUCUCGUCGACGUCUCAGCUCAGCUCGAACUAAUCGCAGUGGGCGCUCAUCUUUAUCCUCUUUGCCAAAUCGGCUUUCCCCUCGGCUUUCACCCCGUCGCUCUCCUACCCCCGAAGGACAGGAAUCAACUCAUGCCCCCCGUCGCGCCAGCCGGAGCGAGGGCAGCAACGGUGGGUUUACCAGCUGGGUCAUGAAUCGAUUUGGAAGCAGCAGUGCUUAA